AUGAGCGUCAGCAUUAAAGUAUCGAUUCGGUGCAGGCCGUUCACGUGCGAUGACAAACUGGGUGUCGUGAUGACACAAAAUGGCGAGGAGGAAGGUGAUGUGGAGCUCAUUAACUCAACGUAUUCCACCACGCGGUUCCCGUUCAGCUACGCGUGGUGGAGCGCUUACGGCUACAAGCGGCAUAUCCAGGGUGAUUCAUUACAAGCCGACAAUAUGAUCCUCGUCGACCAGCAAAUGGCUUACGAAAGUGUCGGGCGUAAGAUCAAGGCAGAUCUAAUGGGAGGAAAUGCCGUCGUACUCUUUGCCUACGGUCUUUCUGGAUCGGGAAAAACGUUCACCGUGUUUGGUCCGGAUGCUGUUGAUAUUCCUGAAGCGUGGUUCAAGCACGAAGAACCCCAUCCAUUGUGGGGGAUAUUUCCUCGUCUAGCGUACGAGCUGUUUAAGGAGAAGCAGGAUGGCUGGAAAAUCUCGAUGAAGUACUUUCAGAAUGUCGUGGACACCGUGCGAGAUCUCAUGUCACCCGUAGCACAGGAGCAGCAGUACAAGUCAGGUAUGCGCAAGGAUCCCGAUGGAUUUACAGACAUCGAGUGGUGCCAGUCAGUUGUGCUCAAGGAUUGGAACGACUUGCGCAGAACUUUCAUGGUAGCUAACGCAAAAAAGGCUAUUGCACCAACUCAAUUCAACCACCAGUCUACACGUGGCCACUGCAUCAUGACACUCGAAGUAGAGAAACCUGACCCGGAACGUGAGGGUAUGAAACAAAGAGGUCGAGUUUACGUAUGCGAUCUUGCCGGUACGGAGCCCGCCGGUGACAUCGUUUACGCCGACUACAAAAAGGUCGUCUUUGAAGACGGAGAAAUCGAGCACAAGUACUUGGGGCCUCACCCCGACGCUUUAAAAUCCAAAGAAUUGCAGGACCAGGGCAAGAAGAUCAAUCUGUCGCUGACAGAGAUGGCUCAGUUUUUCAUGAAGAUGGCUGAAGCUGUCAAAGCCAACAAACUCAAGCCGGGCAUGUCGAUUCCGGGGUGCAAUUCGUAUUUCUUGUGCAAGUAUCUCAAGGACACGAUGCUGCAGGCUCGGACGUAUCUGUUUUGCGCCAUUCGCCCGGAGGUCAAGUUUCACGGCUAUACGUUUUCCACGCUGGGUUUUGCCAAGAAUGCAUCAGUUAUUAAGCUUCAGCCCAAGAAAGCUUCGACUGCUGCAAGUCCGGCGGAACGAAAGCUCAUGGCCGAAUUGGAGCAGAUGAAGGCACUUGUGAGCCAAUUGAAGGACGAGAACGAGCCUAGUGCACAGGUCGCGCAAUUGGCUGAGCUGCUCAACCAAAAGCAAAAGGAGCUGGAGAAUGUGUUGAGUGGAGGAGGCGGCGGCGCUGAUGGUGGCAUGAGUGUACAGGAUGAAAUGAUGCAGCGCCAACGCGAAGAGUACGGCAAGCGUGGCAUUCACUUGUAUCACUUCGAGGCCGACACGACGUCACCUUACCUGAUUAACCUGGAUGUCGAUGCUUACAGGUCGAAGAGAUUUAUGGUCUUGCUGGACAAGCCUCAUUUGACUGUGAGUCCUCAAGGAGACAUUCGGCCAAUGUCACUCAGCAUAGUAAACGACCAUUGUUCGUUUGAGAAUCAUGGCUCGGAGAUCUUCCUAUGUGCUGGUGCCGGCGAAGUCAUGCGCAACGGAAAAAAGUUAGAGAGAAAUGCACGCAUCCAGCUUGAGCCUUAUGACCGUGUGGUAAUUGGAAACGAACUGAUGCUGUUCGUAUACCCGGGCCGUGAGCCAGAUGGUGAGCCCCCUUCCGCUGACACUGCCGCUGCGGAGUACAAGGAAGCUCUACAGACCGUCGAUACUUCCGCAUUGAACGAACUGCAAGAACAAAUGAAGAAAUUCGAGGAAGAGAAGGCACGGUGGGAAAAGGAACGACUGGAGCGAGAGGCUGCAGCUAGAGCGGAGGAAGAAGCAAGAUUAGCUGCAGAGAAGCAACGAGAGCUGCUGGCUCGUCAGGUGAACGACCAGGAACUUCGAGAAGUAUUACCCAAGAUCGCAGAGCUCACACAGAUUGUCAAGCUCCUAAAUCGUGACGUUCUCAGCUUUGAAACAGCAUUGCAGAGCGCAUCAAUGGAAGACAAGGAUGGAAUUGGCACAAAUGGUAUUCCGAAGGUCAAAGUUAAAGUGUACAACAAGGCUACAGACGAAACAAUUUUCUUGGACGUGUUCGAGUUUGUAAAGGCUCAUGCGCUUCUGAAAGACGAAGUUGCUUUUCUUCGUAACGCGCUUAUGAAUGACCGUGAAUAUGAGUCACCAGCAGGACACGAUCCGAUCACGUUGCUUUUUGACAACUCAUUUCACAUUGGCAGCGCCACUACGUUCCUUGAGUACUUGUUGUACAACCUGGAGACGGAGCCGGAUGAGUCUCAGCUCAGCAUCAAGCUGGCGGUUCCGCCAUUUAACACUAUCGGAAAGUUGCAAGUGAUGUGGAUUCCCUUAUCGUCUCCAGACCCUGAGAAGCAUAAUGAAAACGAUCUGAUGGACGUCGAGAGCCCGAGUGACCUCCUUGGAAAAUCUUGGACAUUUAAGAUUCGCGUUGUAGGUGCCACCGGACUUCCGAUCAUCACGGAUUUGGCCUACUGUCAAUACGAAUUUCUCGGGGAGCUCUUUACAACCGAAAGUGUCGAGCAGAAUACGCGAAGCCCCGCAUUCAACUACGAGUUUAUUCAUCAUGUUGAUUGCGUCACCGAGCAGUUUAUUGAGUACCUCCAAAGCGCACGCCUUGAGUUCCAAGUAUUUGUUAACCCGUACAUCCUCGAUCCGCCCAAGGACAAGAUAUCUACAAAGAACCCUGCCAUCGCUACACAGCUGAGCGAGGGGCACGCAGCCAAACCAACGAUUGAAGAACUAGAAAUGAAGUGUGCGCACUUAGAAAAGAGCCUCGCGAGCGUGACAGAGGAUCUCAAUUUCCUGAGAAAGCAGUAUCGGAUCUCCGUUGGAAGCGAUCCUCCUACUCCACCGUGCACACCACGAAAGAAGAUUGAAUCGGCCAAAGCUAAUGACAUUCGUCUAAACAGCUCAACGAUGGAGGAAUCGGGAAGUCUAACAGAAACUAUUAAACUGGGAUAG